AUGCUCUCCACGAUUGUCCUUCUCUCCCUCGUCCAGGCUUUAGCUUUGGUCUCUGCCGCCCCCGCCCCCUCUCCCGCUACCAAGCGCGCCAACAUCAACCCCAUCGGCUUGGGCUCUGAUGACACUGGCUACAGCUCUUACUCUGGCGCUGCCAACCUUCAGUGGUACUACAGCUGGGCCCUUGACCCUUGGGAUGUCUCUGGUAAGGAGUUUGUUCCUAUGGUUUGGGGCAGAGACUCUGUUUCUCAAGUCAGCGGCAGGACUCGGGAGGAAGCUUCCUACAUCCUCGGUUUCAACAAGCACGUUGGUGGUUCCGACAUCAGUGCUAGCGAUGCCUCAAGUAUCCACCAGCAGUGGACCGGCGCGCUCUCCCAGUCCCUCAAGAUUGGUUCUCCUGCCGUGGCCCGAGGCAGUACUGAUUGGUUCAACAACUGGAUCUCAGCCUGUAGCGGGAACUGUGACUUUGACUUUGUGCCCAUUCACUUUUACGGUACCAGCGCUGCCGACUUGAUCUCUUACAUCCAAUCCUUCCCCCGCCAGGGCAAGCCUAUCUGGGUCACCGAAUUCGCCUGUGUCGGCUACGGAACCAACUACUACUGUAACGCCGAUGAAGUCAAGUCCUUCAUGGACACCGCCAUCGCCUGGUUCCGAGGUGACGGCGCCGACAUUGUCGAGCGCUGGGCCUGGUUCGGUGCUAUGCCUCGCUUUGCUAGUGCCGGCAAUGCCAACGGUCUUGAGAAUGCCGACUCGAGCUUUAACGACUUGGGCAACCACUACCUCGGUCUUUAG